ACCAGCACUACCGUCUCCGUGCUUGUAAGGACCGUACAUGCUCGGUGGGCGACAUUUCAUUUUCAACCGCACCAUAAUAACAAAGAGAUCCGUCUUCCACACCCACCCUCUCUUCAUCCCUACCCAGUGAUCCCUAAGUAGCAUGCAUGCAGCCGACGCAGAAGAAGGCGGCUGUUAGGAACUAGGAGACGCGGACACACAGUCCAGAGAGAGAAGGAGAUCAAAAGAAGGCGAGGGAGGAAUGGACGGCGCGGAGCUGGCGACGACGCCAACACCAGCUUUGAAUCAUCCCUCGAGACCGACGCUGGGGUUCCCUCUGGGCACCGCGCUUCUGCUCAUCGUCAUCUUCUGCCUCAGCGGCAUCUUCUCUUGCUGCUACCACUGGGAGAAGCUCCGUUCCCUCCGAGACCGCCGCCGCCGCCACGGAAACCAACCUUCCCUGGCCGCCGUGGAAGAUGGCCAGCUUCCCCAGUUUUCUCUAUCGUCUCCUGCGUCCAAGGUCGCACUCCAGCAUCAGGAGAAUAAGGUGGAAAGAAUCCCAAGCUUUCCUGUCAUAAUGCCGGGGGAUAGAAUGCCCAAAUUCAUGGCGUGGCCUUGUCCACCCGGAGGACACCAGGAGGCAUUCACGCACAAUCCCUCCUCCAUUUCGUAGAGCAAGCAGUCACCUCCUUUUUGUGUUAGUUGAACUACAAUAUGCAUUGCUUCUUAUUCUUGUAUUAUUUAAGCAGCAGUUGUAAGCUUAUUUAUUGGUUCUCCAGCCGGUUGCCUACUUUCUAAAGAA